CAGGGCCGCGCAUUAUACGCGUAGUGUAGCCUGCUAAGGAGACGACACGCGUUUAUAUAUAUACGUUGUGAUACGAACUAUUCAAACAAAAUCCCUUUUAUUUUUGUCAAUCUGAACAAUUGCAAUUACGAAUCUAUAUAUGGUACGACGUAUCGCGUCAAUAAUAAAGAGGACGCAUACAAUUGAUCGAAAAUUCAAGCGUGUAUGUAACAUAAUUAUUGGUCCAGGAGCAUCGUCAAGGCCACACGUGAAUCACGUGAAAUUCGUACAAUGCAUGUAUAUGCAUCUAAAGAAGGGAGAUCGCUGUAACGAGAGAUCGAUCUACGAUCGCCGGUUCCAAAAAAAGAAAUCGGGAAGUAGGAAGAAAGACGGAGAAGAAAAGAAGAGGGCGCCAGUACAGAUAUAUCGGUGAGUGUGACUGGACGGAAAGACGUGGGCGAUUCCCAAGUACCGGCCUCCUGAUCCGUCGUGUCGUUUCGAGUGUGUCAGUGAGUUUGUGGAGGCGAACCUAACCUAGUCGUCGAGUGUGCACUAUCGAUCAAGAAGUCGGUUUAAAGAGAAUUUAACUUUUUUUUUUGAAAAACUGGUUAUGUAUACGUAAUUUUAAAAUCAGUGCAAAUACGUUUGUGCGUAUCGUUCAAUUUCACGUCCAAUUAAAGCAACUUGCUUGUUUAACAUACGUGUUACAAUCAUAAAUUGAAAAAAAAAGUUUUCGGUUCCCGGUGUGAAAACGGAAACGGAUUGAGAUAACAAGGUGAAGGAAGGUUAAUAAUAAACGAGAAGAGGAAGCGAGAGGAAGAGAAGCUAACGGUGAUAGUAAUUCGAAAUUGGAAGUGAUCGUGUUGUGCAUUGGAAACGAUUCUAUGCGGCAAGAUGAUGGAGACACAGAAUUAUUGGGAGGAUAACUCCGCUCAUUCUAUGCAAGUAAAAUACGAGAGUUUGGACGCUAGAUCUUGCAAAGACGAGAUAUACAGGAUGGGGAUAGGCGGUGGAUAUUGCGAAGGGAACUUGAACUUUGCCACGGCCUCGGAGGACGACGAGGUUUAUACGAAGAAGAAAGUUUCGAGGCAAGAUCCAAUGUCCCAUAGGAUCAUCGAGAAACGGAGAAGAGAUCGCAUGAAUAAUUGUUUGGCCGAUUUGAGCAGACUGAUACCGGCCGAGUAUUUGAAGAAGGGUCGAGGAAGAGUAGAGAAGACAGAAAUUAUCGAGAUGGCAAUUCGGCAUAUGAAGCAUCUUCAAGGUCUUCGACAAGAAUCGAAACACCCUGCAGUGACGUCGGUACACUCGAUGCAUCCCGAGGACAGCGUGGAUAGCGUCUCGCAUUCGACUGUCGCCUCGACCGCGGCGGAACACUACAGGCUGGGUUUCCAAGAGUGUCUGAGCGAAACCAUGCAUUUUCUCGUCGAGGUCGAGGGUUUUUUCGCCAGGGAUUCUUUGUGCGUUCAGCUGAUCAAUCAUCUGCAGCAGCAUUGCGAAAAAAUCUUGGCAACUAGUGACAGGCUUGGGUUCCCCCAUCCCGAGAUGCCUACGACGAACGGUGUCGCGAACGGCAACAGCGGUUAUCCUCACACCAGCAUUCCCACGAUAUGUCAGCCGAAUGGUCAUUCGGAUCACGGCUCGAGUUCAGGCGUGAGUUCGUUCGGCGAUCCGGAGCGUCCUUUGCGACCAACGAUCGCAAUCCCACCACCGGCGAUCGUGAGCGACGACAGCAAUCACAGCACGCAUUCGCACAGUACGCCGCCAACCACCACCUGCAAACCUUCCAACUACAAGUUCAAGAGCUCCAUCAAGCAAAGGUUUUCCGCCGAGAGGAUAAAAUCCAGCCCGCCGCCUACCACAAGCACGGAGAAGCCAUCCUCGUCUCACGGUGUGCCGAUCUUUGCCCUGCACGACGCUGGAUCCUACUACGUCCCGUUAACCGUCGAAGCGUCUCUGUUAAGGCCUCAUCUGAAUUUCAUGUGGGACACAGGGCCAGACACGGUGCUCCAUCCAGUCACGAUAUCGGUCAAUUUCAACCAUUCGAAUCCGCCGGCAUGGUCGCAUCACCACAGUCCCACGCACCAACCGCAGACAUAAACCGGACAAUGGCCAGGACCCGAUGUUACGUCUCUCUCGUUCGUUCGUUCGUUCGUUCCAACCGUCGAUACGUGCGAUACGUACUUUUUUUUUUUUUUUUUGCAUCGUACCGCCGCUCAUGUUCAGAGAAUCACGUUUUCGAAGAGGAACGAUGAUGUCGCUCUUGGUGGGUGAGAACGAGCGACGACGCGCAAAUCUAUCGUUAUGUUCGUUGUUUCCGGGUAAUCGGUCGAUAAUAAUCAUCGAAUCGUCGAACGAUUCGUAUCGCAAGCUUUGUGCUGCGUCCGAUCGAUUCUUCGUAAACGAUCGUCGCAUCGUAAUCCCGAUCAUCAUCUUUUUCUUUCCGGUUCUUUAGCCGUUGAAUAAUAUCCGAGGAACGUUGGUAUAGCGUGUUUACCGUUUUACGAAGAAAAAAAAAAAAAAAAAAAAAAAAAGAAAAGAAAAAAAAACGAAGGUCGAUGAGGAUCAUUUUUCCUUUCUUUCGUAUAUUAUAUAUAUAUAUAUAUUUACCGAGGCUGUGGGUUGUCUUAGCAUUUACGAGAUAUUGAGAGGAAGUGCGAUAUAUAGAAGUAUCGUUGGUAGAGAUAGAGUAUUAGGGCUUGAUCGAAGCCCCGGGUUGCUUUAGCUUCGGUAUGUUUUUUUUUUUUUCCCCUCCCCCUCUUUCGUCGAUGUCGUCGCAAUCGAAACCCGUUUCUCUCUCUCUCUUUCUCAUUUUCUUCCUCUUCUUCUGUUCUUUUCUCAUCAACACCGACCUCUGUUUUCUUCUAUCUUCUUUUAUCCUCCGUUUCGUCCUUUCCUUCGCUUUAUUAUUUUUUUAUUUCUUUUUAUUUUUUUUCGGCUGGGCAAAUGUGUCGCGCGAUGAUAUAAAAAUCUCAAGUUUGCGGACAGGCGUGUGAUUAACAUUUGGACGACGAAUGUUCCAUCGAAUGUGCGAACGAAAAUUUGACGGAUCUAUUUUAUUGUGUAAAAAAAAAAAA